UCGACCUAAGCGGAUGCUCACCGUUUGACUGUUUACUUUCGCAAGUCCGGACCAUCUGUUGUACGAGCGUGUUGUGGUUCACUGCCGGCUGCUGCUCGGUACUGGUGGGAGGUUUGGUUCGUGUCAAGAUCGCGGUUGUGACUCCGAUCAAAAUAAGCUUCUCACUCGAAAUUUCAUACAGUAUUACGGUGAACGUCGUCGGGAACGAUCGAAUGAGUGCGGAAAGUCAACUCUAAACAUCGAAUCCGAUUCGAACUGUCGUCUUGCUUCUCGCGUUGAACAGGCGAUUGUGUACAUUGCUCGUGAAGCUUUAAUGGUGUUGUUGAAUUAUUCAAAUUAACAGCUGCGAUAUGAAGCAUCUCAACUGUGGAUGAUGUAUGUAGUGCGAGGGAAUGUUUCGUGAGGAAGAAAAUUUUUGCAUAAAUCUUGUGGUGGAAUUGUCAGUCGAUCAAUAAGUGAACUUUCUUUGGCUUAAAAGAAAUAAGAAAAUUUUAAGUGCUGGGACUACCAGAUUUGUUCAUCACGUAGUUCUUAUGGUGGGUAACAAAUUGGAAUUGAAAUUCUGUGUUGUUCGCUAGUGAAUCUAUCUCGGAGUUCCAAAUCAUCAGAAUUGAUAGCAGAAGAAAAUUCUGCAUCAAUUAGUGCUAUUAUUAAGUGAUAGUUUUCUUUCUCAACCCCUUUCCGUGCUUCAAUUUCCGCAAAAAGGCACUCUGCAUAGCAGCUGGAUCAUUGUUCUGGUGCCGGUGAACGGAAACAGCUGCAGACUGGAUUUCAGUGUCGCACAGUGCAACGAGCUUUCCGGUAGCUUAACGGGCGUUGAAUUGGAGUGGAGUGAUGUAUAGCCGGUCCCAUACGAACCGAUAAACCGCAUAUUGUUUCUGUUUCAGAAUAUUAGUGCAAAUCACUAGUGACAGUGUCGGUGUUAUUCUAAAUAAAUUUACAUUUGCUGUGCCAUCAUGGUGGAUUAAUCACAAAAUUUCAACUUCUGUAAAAUGGAGAAUAAUUAAUGGAUCAACUUUCCUGAAGCUUUGGAAACAGUGUGCUCAGUGUGUUUUGCAAGCUACUCAGAUACACACGAUUCGCUGUUCUCUUCAAGCAAGCGCGUCGCUUUGCCCAUCAGUGUUAGAGCAGUUUUCGUAGUGAAAGAUAUUCUUCUGCUCGUUAGUGAUUCUCCGAGGAUAAAUGACAAGCCUGCCAAUGACCAACUUGACACAAGGGGCGUACUAGGUACCAGAUGAUCGGCAGCAGGAAUGCUCUGCAAAACAGGCAUCAGGUUGACCACCAAAACACCGGUGUUAGAUAACCUCCAGACUCCAGAAUUUCCCUUGAUGGUGCUUAGCAAAUGAAAUUUUAAUCUCGCCUCGCUGCUAGCGUAAAUGGCGUUAAAAGAAAUUGCAUACUGUGCAUCAUGCGAAAUGAUUCCUAAAUCAGCUCCAGCCUUCGUAGUUUUAGCAGUACACCCGAGAGGGAAAAAAUGUUUGGCGCUGAAGAGCGAGUGCUAGAAUGGUUUCAUUACAUCUACCACAACGACUCCUCCACCACCCUGAUCCUCAACGCCACCGAGUUUCGGCGGCGAUUUUUCACCAUCCUUGACUCCAAUCUGACCAGCGCGAUGAAUGGCUCGGGGAAACUCUAUCAGCAUGCGUUCGAGUUUCAGAACAUUUCCGAGCAUAACAUUACGCACGAGUAUGUCAACGACUUCCUGGAGAAACUCUUUCAAUCGCUAAAUAGGCUAAAUCGAACAGUUGACGCUUCUUGGGACGAUGGCGACGAGGAGCGUAUCAAUUGUAGCAACUACUGCAAGGGAGCAGUUCGGGAUUUGAUGACGGAUUAUAAGGUUAUGCACGGGUAUAUUACGUUGGUGAUAUGCGUUUUCGGAACAAUCGCAAAUAUAUUCAACAUAAUCGUAUUGACGCGUAAGGAAAUGAGCAAAAUCCCAAUCAAUCGAAUCCUAAAGUGGCUCUCUGUAACCGAUAUGUUCGUUAUGAUCGAGUACAUUCCGUUCGCAUUUUACAUGUACUCGAUAUUGCCAGAUCGUCGAGAUUAUCCCUACUCGUGGGCUGUGUAUUUGAUGUUUCAUAUGCAUUUUACGCAAAUUUUGCAUACCAUUUCAAUUCUCCUCACGGUUACACUAGCGGUCUGGAGGUAUAUUGCAAUCAAACGUCCGCACAGUUCCUUAGCGUUGUACGCUCAGACCAAUUAUAGCUAUGCAAUUCUGUUAUGCUAUCUCUUAGCGCCAAUCCUGUGCAUGCCCACGUAUUUUGUUUUCACAAUACGACAGACGAGUGUGUUCGAGCAUGACACCCACAUGACGUUGUAUCACCUGGGUGCCGAUGAAAAUACCUCUCUCUACCGGUACAACUUCUGGAUCCACUCGGUCAUCAUAAAGCUGCUACCAUGCAUGAUUCUGACCGUAAUCAGCUGUAUCCUGAUUCACGUGCUCUGGAAGGCGAGCAAGCGGAGGCUGAGGCUCAAGCAAGGAGUGAACUAUAAUUGUGAAAAUGGCACAAUUACAGCGGCUUCCGAGCCGAGUCAUGCCACGAGUAACAAUAAUCCUGUGACAUACUCCGGUAGUAACGCAACAACCACCAGCAACGGAAGCAGACAUCCAAAAGCCGACCGCCGUGCAGACAGAACCACUACUCUGCUGGUGGCCGUGCUGUUGCUCUUCCUGUUUACCGAGUUUCCCCAGGGCAUCCUGGGUCUGCUGAGUGGCAUACUGGAGAAAUGCUUCUUCAGGCGAUGCUACGAUUUGUUCGGUGAGGUGAUGGAUCUACUCGCCUUGAUCAAUGCGGCCAUCGGUUUCGUGCUGUACGGACUUAUGUCCAAACAGUUUCGCACUAGUUUUAAGUCGGUUUUUUGCAAUGCUCCAACCCAUAGAGUUGAGAUUACGAGAAUGACAGGAAUAACCACCACGUGUGUAUGAUAGUAGGCGAUGGAAGAUAGAUUGUCGGUAGAAAUGUCAGAACCGAGAGUUUCUAGCGUAAAUUUGUACACUCACUCAUUCAAUCUCAAUUAAACACAGCACAACGCAUUUUGAAGUUCGCUAACGCCUACGUUCAUCGUAUUUUGCGGCUUUUCUAAGCGAUAAAAUAACGGAGAAUAAGCACUGAAGUCCCAAGAUUUUUCUUGGGUUGGAGUUAUGGCAAAUGGGCAUUUACUGUGUGAAGAAAGUAUCGAAUAAGAUGAAAUAUAAGUUAAAAAAAGUUUUUAAACGGUGAUAAAUAGUUCUACUUUCUAGGACCAAAUUUUGUAUGAGUCAAUCGCAGUAUGGUUCCGAUGGAGAUAGUUAUUCUAUACGUUUCUGGGACACAAGUACGUAAGGCAUAACAAACGUUAAGCAUAAUAAAUGAUCGAGCACGAAACGACAAUAUUAGAUUAUUUAAUGAGACGUUUCAAAAUAGCUGAACGAUUAUUUUAUGAACGGAUAAUAAAUAUUUAAUCGUUUCCAACCAAAUGACCAGAAUAUGCGCAAAAUUUGAUUCGAUUUGUUGAUUUUAAUAAAUACUUUAUUUAUUACUUUAUUUAAAGCAUCGGAACCUUCGGUAGUAUAGGAAUACUUGCUAAAAAUGAGUUGUAAUAAUUUGAAAUGACCAUUACAAUUAUUUGAAUAAUUUCCAUUUAAAUUGAAGUUUGAAUUUGGGUGUAUUUUAAAUUGUAGAAUUUUUCUCAGCGUACAUGUUUCACAAAUUUUACAAAGUCUCACAACCCACUUCAGGUAGUUUAUCUAUACAACUAAAGGUUUCUAUGCUGAAAUGUAUACACUCUUAUGGAAAUUCACUCUUAAGUCUAAAAAAAUUCUCAACCUGUGGCAAAUACUCAGUUUGCUAAGCCAGCUACGGGAGUAAGAUGUCAUCCAAAUCAGGAGCCCCUUAAAAUUUGACGAUAGGUUAUUUGGCAUGGGAACGAUCAAUUUCAUCCGUUAUGCCUAACGUUUUUAGGUCGCCACUGAUAUUAAGAAAUGUUUAGCAAGCAAUGAAAAAUUUCUUUGAUUGCUUAUUUUUCUUGAGUUUAUUGUAAAUAUAGUACCUAAUUAAAAUUAAAUGACCGGAGGCCGCUUUAAAGCAUCGAGUUUCGUAAGAGCAAAUAAUAAACUAGGGUGUUUAUUUUACUGGUCUCUCUAGACCAGUAUCGAAAUUAAACUGUAUUUUAAAGAAUGUUUUUCUAUGAUGAUCUAUUUAUACUCAUCAAACGGUUCGCGAAAUCAAAACACCUGCUAAAAAUGAGAUUCAAAACAAACUGUGUACCCGGUAUUGUUCUUUAAAUGUGUAAGUGAUACGAAUGCCACAUCUGCCAUAUAUUCAGGUUUCCUAUUAAUGUACUGGAAGUAGCUAAAGAGUUGCGUUUUUAACAAAAAAUCUUAGAUUUUUUCUUUAGUUGAUACUUAACCAAAUUUCCUAUAGUGUUUCUGGUAGAAAACUCGUUUAUUGACAUACGUGUUGAAACC